AUGACAUCGGGAAAUUCAAGAUCUAAGGUCAUUGUCUUGGCUGGAACAGCAGGUACCGGGAAAUCAACUAUUGCAGCGAAGCUGGCUGAGCUGUACCAAACUUCGUACCCGGGGCUGGGGUUCUUGGAAGGCGAUACGGUGCAUCCACCAAAAAAUAUCGAGAAAAUGAGCCAUGGGAUUCCCCUAACGGACGAAGACAGGUGGGGUUGGCUUCUAAAAGUGAGCGAAUUAUCAGCCCAGAGUGCCCAGGACCACUCAGGAUUGUGGAUUGUGACAUGCUCAAGUCUCAAGAGAAAGUAUCGAGAUCUUAUGCGUUCGCACAGGCCAGAAACGGACUUUUACUUUCUGUUUUUAUUUGCCGAUAGAUUGUUGAUCCUAGAUCGUCUUACUAAAAGAGAGGGUCAUUUUAUGAAAGCCAACAUGAUCAACUCGCAGUUUAGUGACUUGAUGCUUCCAGAAUCGGAUGAAAAUUUGGCCUCGAAAGUUGACGUGGACGGCAAAUCUGUUGAGCAAGUUUUGCAAGAGUGUCAUGCAGAUUUGAAGACUUUUGUUACCGAAACGAAGAACUAA